GUGGAGCUCUGAAUUUACAACAGGAAGUUAGUUUGAGGUUCGUAAUGGAAGCCGCUGUCAGCUUUUAAACGGUCCCGCGCUGUGGUUUAGAGAUGGCCAGCUGACACGAGCCAGUUUAAAUUGCUGGUGGCUAAUUUAACCGCCAGCUGCCGGCGGGUAGAGGGCUUUAUUCCCACCGCGCCGUCGGUGUCUGGGGAGGCCUUUAAAAAUGGACCCCCGAGUGGCUCCUGUCGGUGUAGGCCACAUGCACUGUUAGCCCAAGAUAGUGGGCUCUGCUCUUUGGCUGGUGAGGUGAAAUGCACCAUGUCAUGCUGGUUUUAGACUGCAUUGUUAAAACGACUCAACUGUGCCUGUAGCAAAAACAGACAUUUUGAAACGAACUUUUUUCCAUUCCAAUUUUAACAGACUGAGCCACGUCACCAAUUUUUUUUAAAUUUAAUUUUAUUGGGAACUAUAAGACUUAAUCUUCUAUAAUGAACUGCUUAACAAUAGUAUAUUUUCUUUGACGUCUGAGCCGCACCCACUUCCCUAUGCCUGGAAAACUACCCGCUGCAUCAUAGCACCUACGAGUCAACAUACGGGGUAAAGCGAACUACACAGCUCAGAAGCAGAACCAGCAGAACCACCAGCAGCAGCAGCAGCAGCAGCUCAGCGGGUCUACGUACCGUCCAGUACACAUAGGUUCAACAAACACGGUUAGAUAUUUUAUCUGGCAUUGGCUAUGGAUGAGGACGUUUCAAUGAAAGAAUCCAGAAGACGCGAACGCCAGUCAGGUUCAAGCAAGCACGGUUUACAUGAUGGUGAAGCUUUGGAGAAUACAGACUCUGACAUUGGCUUGUGUGGCUGGCUGUUGGUCGCAAGCUCAGUCCUUCUCAUGCUGGUUACCUUCCCCAUCUCUAUAUGGAUGUGCAUUAAGAUUGUGAAGGAGUAUGAGCGAGCCAUUAUUUUUCGCCUGGGGCGCAUUUUGCGAGGAGGAGCCAAAGGACCAGGGUUAUUCUUCAUCUUGCCGUGCACUGACAGCUUUAUUAAUGUGGACAUGCGCACCAUCAGCUUCGAUAUCCCACCGCAAGAGGUUUUGACCAAAGACUCUGUGACAGUGAGUGUGGAUGGUGUGGUGUACUACCGCGUCCAGAAUGCUACUCUGGCCGUGGCUAACAUCACUAAUGCCGAUGCUGCCACUCGACUGUUGGCCCAGACCACCCUGAGGAACGUCCUGGGUACCAAGAACCUGGCGGAGAUCCUCUCUGACCGCGAAGAAAUUGCACACAGUAUGCAGUCCACUCUGGACGACGCAACAGAUGACUGGGGGAUCAAGGUGGAGCGGGUGGAGAUCAAAGACGUCAAGCUGCCCCUUCAGCUCCAGAGAGCCAUGGCAGCCGAGGCUGAGGCCAGCCGCGAGGCCAGAGCCAAGGUGAUAGCAGCGGAGGGAGAGAUGAACGCAUCACGUGCACUGAAGGAGGCCUCCCUGGUGAUUGCCGAGUCUCCGUCAGCCCUGCAGCUGCGCUACCUUCAGACCCUCAACACCAUCGCCGCUGAGAAGAACUCCACCAUCAUCUUCCCGCUGCCGCUGGAGAUGAUGAAUAGCUUCAUGAAACACUGAGAAGUCUUCACAACACAUCAUUCACAUGUAAACACUCACACAACACACAUCAUACAAAAAUGCAUAUUUUGGCCCUGUGUCCACUAAGCAUGUCUCUUUGAAUCAGUAGUACUACCACACAACAGCUUAUGAGGUUGUGAUUGUGGCUCAUGACGCACUAAACUGUCCUAAAAAAAAAACUAGUGGUGACCAACACCAGCUGUUUAAACACUUGUUAUCGCAUCGCCAUCUUUGCAUUUGAACACACCACAAAGACCGUAGUCGACAGCCAGCCCACAUGUAAGUAUGUUUAUCACCUGUGAGAGAGGAGAUAACUCCAUACCAGGAGGUAGCAGCUGUCUGGAUUAGUAAUCUGAAAAGGAAAAAACGAAAACACGGGUGGAUUGACUGCGCGGUGGUAUUUGGCUAUUUCAUUCAGUUGCAAUUUCUUUGUAAAAAUAUUCUUUGAGAUCAAUCAGAAAGCUUUAGCAGAUGAGCAGAAGUUAAAAAAUUGAAUGUAACUUGUAUCACGUUUGCUUUACUCAGAUCUGUUUCUCUUCUUGUGCACUGAUCUGUCAGGCUGAACAGUCAGUCAGUCAGAGAGCUCUCCAUCACCAGCGGUUCAGCGCGCUCAGUUGGCUGAACGGCUGCUGAUGAGGGUCAGCCAGAGCCAAUGGUGCCAAACGCAAAGCAAAAUCUACACCAGUUAAGACGGGUGUCUGCCAAGAACCAACCAAAGGUGCUAUGCUGUACAGUAUUUAGAUUUAUUAGUGUGAAUGACACUUCUCUCAAAAGCCAUAGCGCAGCAGGUGGUUUAGCUUUUAUCCUCCAGCUUUAUUUUUGAUUUUAUUUUUCAAAUGUAGAAAUCAAGGUUCCCUGACUGUCAGAAAAGAGGCAGGAAGCCCAACCUUUCUCAUCAUCCAUUUUACAAACAUUUUAAAGGAAAGUGCCGGCUGGAUAUGCAGUCUUUCACCUGCAGACAUACCCCACAAACAACCACGAACACACGCGUGCCUCCUUGUAUUCAUAUAACAGAUAUCUCCUGCUAAUGUGGCACUACUGCGACCACUGCUGGUAUCAUGUUUAUUAUGGUUAUUAUAAUUUUAUACCUAAAAUCCUCGACCAGACUGAACUGAAUGAGGUUUGCAUUUGGCAUAGUUUAUCGCAUACUAACCAGCACCGGAGAUAUGCCCAAGUCCUACAACAACCCAUUCAGAAAGUAGGGAUUGGCCAGUGACAAAUGAUAGUACAGGAACACACACAAGCCAAAUGUGGCUGAGAGGUGACUAACAGUUUUUUUAUUCUUACUGGUUGUCAGGUUGGAUGUUACCAUUAUAUGUUUACAUUGGGCUUUCUGUUCAUACACUGUAUAUUUGAUAUUCAGGAUGGUGAGUUCACUCAGUAUUCCUCGCACACAAUCAAAAAGUGACCCUCAUCAGCCACACAGGUAGUACUGUGUGUAUGGCAGGGCUGUAAGUCGCCCUGUUAUUUUGUCCACCCCCCGUCUGGCUUCAUUAAUCUGUUUAGGAGGAGCAUGGAGUGAACUUUAUCGCCAAUCUUUCAGCCAGAAGCCUUAACUUACUGCAAUGAGUUCUUUUUACAGUCUAAUAUCCCAUUUCUAUGCACUUCCAUAAGAAUAGAACUGAACAAUUUUAAGUACCUAUUUUUUAUUUUUAUUUUUUUUUAAACAGCAGUAUUUUAUCAUAUAUGCUCUUUCUGGGUGUAAGACAAAAUAAAUAGUAUGUAGUUGUAGUUGGUCAUUACAGUAUCUAGUCUAUGUCUGACUUAGUCGUGUUACUAUAUAUGUAAGUAAGUGUUUGUGUGUGUGUGUGUGUGUAUGUAUGUGUGUGU